UUCCUUCCCCCUCUCCACCAAUUCCGACAGAGCUCCUCAAGUCUCCUGCCUUACACGCUCUUUUGCUUCUGCACUUAAACUCCCUCCACUUGCUUAACCCUUACUCUUGCGUGGUUUGAUGUCAUAGCAACCGUUUACCAACAACUUAGAUUCAUCCAUUUACAAAACCCGUUGCGGCCUUAGUACUCACCGCCGUUCAUUCGCCCAAUUCGUUCCUUGUCGCCUUUGCUCCACAUGCGUCGCCAACAAAUCAAGUUUUAAGCGCCUAAUAGCUCUCAAUAAUUAAGGUCAUCUUAGCAAUGCCUCACAAAGACCGCGAUAACGAUCCUGAGGUCGAAGACGAACAAAUUUCAUCCGAGAAGCUGCGUCACAGGUCUUCCAAAAGUGUCAGAGACCCAAAUCGAAAGCACAAAUCAAGAUCGAGAACCAUAAAUCCCGAAACGGGAGAGUCUGUCAAGUCAUCUCAUCGUCGGAGGAAGGAUAAAAUAAAGGACGAGAAAAGUGAAGGAAUGUCGGAAGUGACAACUACUACAAUGGCGGAUGUUGUGCCUGAGCUCUCGAGGACUUCCUCUACGCCAGGUGCAUCAUCCUACCCAACCUUCAAUAAAAAUUACAGUAAGGAGGCAGUAAAUAGUUAUGUUUCUGAAAGGCCUUCAAAGUCGAAGACUACACCUUACACACCAGAAGCUACAGAUAUCGACUCCGAGAAGCAUAGAUCGAAAUCUACAGAGAAUCUAAGACGAGCACCUUCCGCAAAAGGCAGGCCGCCGAGUCCACCAGAUACUGAAUUUACACACCGACAGAAAUCUACAUCUUCAAGGGUGAACAAGGUCAGGGAGGAGGGUUCCGAAAUGUCCUCUAGGCCCAGUUCCCGAAGUUCGGAACAUCGAAAGUCAUCCAGGAAGGAAAAAGAAGACCGGUCCACAAUAUCUUCCAAAUCUAGACAAACAAAGACUGGCACGCCACCCAUGCGGACAGCAAGUUCAAGAUCUUCAAGGACCGAGAGGUACGAUGAGGAUGACGACUCCAAUAUCACAUCGGUGGCAGGCAAACGUCAACCACAACCUACAUCCCGACGCAGGCCUACAAAUAUUGACACGGAUUCCUCCCCAGCGUCGGCACAGGAUUCUUCACCAAAAACCCCCACUCAGACUCCGCAAUUCCCUCCUAGUACGGCUGAUACAAAAUCUAUCCCAUCUCCUUAUAUGCAUUUUGAUGCAUCCUCUGUUAAAUCUAGUGUGUAUGGCUCUCCACGUCCUCCUCCACCACCCCCUCCCCCGAAUUUACCAUUAAACAUCCCUAGCGUUGAUUACCUCCUCCAGAAUGGUGGACUCGUUCGUCCAGUUCCCAAGACUUUACUCUCCACCUCGUCCCAUUCUUCCCCUCCCGCGGAAAUACAGAAGAUAUUUGGGCCAUACUUCAACACCCUGGACCAAUACGAGACAGUCCUCAACAAGAGUGGGUCACUUGCCGUUGCUACAGGAUAUCGCUCUGUUGCGAGAAGAUUGCUCGAUCGGUUGGAAAAUGUUUUUGCUAGAGAUUUAUCAUCUGAUGGUUGCUUGUGUGUUAUGUGCCAGGAUUUAGAUCUUGAUUCUCACGAGGGAAGUAGAGGUCUCUCAUGGGGAGAGGUUUUGGAGUGGGUUAGUGGUCGACGUGAACUUCCUGAAUGGCCUGCCUUCGACUUCUCGGCGCUCGGCUCGAAAUCGGUCGAUGAUCUAGCUGGUCUUGGUAUAUCAGGUCAUCACAGGCCCGGAUCACCCAUCAAGAUCGAUCCUGAUGUUGCUGACGAAUUUCGCGAACACUAUCUACGACAAUCGAUAAAAACAAAGGCUUCGGUUGAUAAAUGGCUCUCAAGUUGUCCUGAGACGACAUCUGCACCUCCUCAAGAGGUCGACGAUGAAACUCUUUCGUUUGCUAUACUGACUCAUCUCAACCAUCAUGAUCGACCUCUCUUCAACGCUUUGCUUACUGGCUCCACCACACUACAACCCGUUUCGCGUGCACCAACUCCCAUGCGAAAGCCACGCUCGGAUUUUAUGAUAAAAACUGUACAGUCUAUGCAGAGAUUGUAUCGAUUGCCACUUCCUCCACGAGAUCCAGAAGUUGCUAUAUACUUGCUAAAGAACCCUCAUAUUCACAAUCUUCUCGCAACUAUAUCUGGCAUUGCACCAUCUGAGUGGGAAAUUUUGAUAUCUGGUCGAUUUGAUGGAUUCUUAUGGUCCGGAGCUGAUAGUGAAUUUAUCGAUGACUUUCCCUCUCGUGGGCCCACACCAAAUGGCUACCGAGGACCAUCACCUGUAAUGAGAAACCCUUCUCGUAACAACACGCCAUUUUCACCCCGGUCAGCAAGUUAUGGUUCUCGUGGCCCUACACCAUCUCAACAGUACAGACACCCAGUCUCGAACGAUGAAGAGAUGGAAAUUGCAGUCCUGGCUGAAAUAGAGCGUGAGAUAUAUGUAGGAAUGGAGGCUCUUGAAGAUGCAUUUGAGGGUUUACAUCGAAAGGCUGAGGCUGUUCGCAAAGCUCUUCGUGAACGUGGUGUCGGAUUGACAAUGGCAGCAGAGUCUAGACGAACAAGUCGCCCUGAGAUCAUUGUUGGUACUCCUGGUCCUUACUCAGCAGGUUUGGGACCAGGAUACGAGAGACCAAGUUGGGCAGAAGGGGGCAGCGAAUUUAUGAGUGAGGCUGAUUGGGAUGAAGAUGAAAUGCAGAGUGAAUUGGCACCAGAUGAUUCUGCGAGUAACAUCAGCAGUUCAAGACACAGACGACCCAAACGAAGAAAUGAAAGACGAACCCCGGCAUUGGUUGAAGAGGAUGAAGAUGAGGGUUGAAACCGACAUAUUAUUUCACAUGGAUGCGAUAUUAUUGAUGAUAUGAAAAUGAUGAGAUUAUGAGAUGGAGCUCUUACAGAGACGGAUGAAAUGAGAUUACGAUUUGUUUAUGAAAUGAUAUCCUACCUACAGCGAGAGUACCAACAUGGAAAAUAACGACAUAUGAAGGAGGUUGUUGCGAGCUAUAGAACGACUAGUGGUUCUGCAUCUGGAAAGGACAUUAUUACUCUGUUGAACAGGAUAUUUUGUGGUUUUAUAGGUAGGCAGGUAGCUUGCAAUGUGCAGAUUCGCAUACAGUGUGAAAAUUGGAAUUGAAUGAUGUAAUACCGAUCGAUUAGUGGACAUAGAAAAUAGCAUAGCAAUGAUAUUAUAACAAUACCUCUAA